GAACGCGGCUGCCGCCUGAUGUCGUCAGCUACGGCGCAGCCAGUGGAGCCUUGCAGGAGGCAUGGUGCUGGGGACUGCUCCUCUUGAAGAAGAUGUUUGUGGCCGGCAUUCGGCCGAACCAGGUGGUCCACACGUCGGUGGCCACCGCGCCCGCCAGCACUGCGCAGUGGCCCAAGGCGCUCGCGCUACUCGCAAUGGCAGGGGCAUCAGGACAUGAUCCUGAUCAGCUCACCUACACAUCAAGCAUCAGCAUCUUCGAAGCGCCGGGAUUGUGGCAGGUGGCACUGCAGUUAUUCGCAAGCAUGCCAAUAGUCGCAGCCAGGCCUCAUAUCAUCACCUACAACGCGGUAGUCAGCACCGCCGCGACCAAGUGGGACGUGGCGUUGCAGCUUUCUUCCAUGGUGUCGACCAUCCCGUCGAAGCCUGACGUCAUCACCUUCAAUGCCACCGUCAGCGCCUGCGAAAGGACGGGGCAGUGGACAGUUGCAGUUCAGAAGCUUGAAGAGAUGUCGUCCGCAGUGCUGAAGCCUGAUGUCAUUACGCUGAGCUCCUGCAUCAGUGCAGCUGAGAAGUCUUCCUUCUGGCAGCUUGCGCUAUACCUGCUGGAGGUGAUGCGUGACAAGCACAUACGUGCAAACGAGGUCACCUACAACGCCGCGAUCAGCGCCUGUGAGAAGGGCGGCAGGCAAUGGCAAAAGGCGCUUGCUCUUUUGGCUGAGAUGCCGUCAGCCGAGGCACUGCCAAAUGAGAUCUCUUACAACGCGGCCAUAAGCGCAUCUGAGAAAAGUGGGGAGUGGCAGUGGGCCCUCACACUUCUGAACAGCAUGAGGGCAUCGCGCCUAAGACCCAACACCACCACCUUCAGUGCUGCAAUCAGCGCAUGCGACAAGGCGCGGGUAUGGGCGCUAGCUCACUACUUGCUCUCCGAGAUGCAGAAUCUCCGGAUCCCGACCAACCGGAUCACCUGCAACGCUUCGCUUGCUGCCUGCCAGAAGGCAGCCCAGUGGCGAAUUGCCCUGCAGCUCUAUGACGAGAUGCCUUUGGCAGCAAUUCUCCCCGACGAGACGAGCUUCACCUGCGCCAUCGGAUCUUGCGAGGUGUCGUCGAAGCAAGGGCAAGUUCUUGAACUCUUGGAGGCCUUGGCUGAGUCAGCCAUGAGUUUGCCACUGCUCCAACGAGCAGCACGAUCGCCCAGGGUUUAG